AUGGUGGAUCUUCAUCAGGAGGUCUUCAAGAAAAACGGCACACUCUACGCUCCUCACGCAACCCACCUCGGAAACGCUACUCUCCCGUCAUGCACUCGGAUCCAAUGCAUCCUCCACACCGACUGGAAUACCUUCCAAUUCUCGACACCCUCCUACGCCGCGGAAGACGGUCUUCCCGCGCACAAAGUUCUGCGGACCCUCGCCUUCUUCGCCUGCGGUCGAGUUCCUCCUCGUGAGCCUGUCGAUCUCGACUCGGAGAACGCCGCAGGAUACCACAUUCUGCCGGGUCGCAUCGCGAUGUGGACGAUUAGGGAACACUUGAGCGGGACGUUCGAGUUGGACGCGAGCGAGGUACCCCUUGACAAGAACGGCGUCGUAAGGCUCGUUUGGAGUCCGGUGGUCGAGGAGAACUCGACUUGGCUGUGCCACAAGCAGUUCGACGGUGUCCUCUUUCGCCAGCCGUCGUCUGGCGAGCUGCAGCCAGGCGAGCGCGUCAAGGCCAACGAGGCCCUUAGGGUCUUCGAGUUGCGCGAUCCAGCCAGCGUGAUGGGCCUCAUCGCCAGUUUCGGUCGCUGGCCGCGCUCUUCAAGCAAGAAACAGCUCGCCUCGUUCGGUUACGCUACCUCGCCCGCCGCCCGUGUUCGAGCGACUUGCAUUCUGCUCAACGGAACGAGCAAGCAAAUCACCUGGUCUGCGGCCGCGAGCUGCUAUGGCGUUCUCAGCCAGGUGGCGUUCGACAUGGAGGUCAAGGCCUGGCGACCCAAGCCCGGCGUGAGCGGGAAGGAGUUCUUCCCCCUCCCCGGACGAAUCAUCAUGAGCGUGCGGAAAGCGGAGCAUCGCGGCGUGUACGAACUCGAGGAGAACGAGGUACGAGUCGGAGAAGACGGAGCCAACGCUGAGGCGGGCGACGCAUACCGUUUGAAUCCGUCUCUUCGGUAG